GCUUUACAAAUGGGCGCUUCUAGACUGUUAACUUAUCAUGAGUUACCUGAAGAAUGGAAAAAUAAUCGUUAUAUUCUAUCAGGUUAUCGUUUUAUUCCUUUGGAUCGUUGGAGAGAACUCUUGUUCAGUGGUCUACAGUGGCAUAACGAAACUAUCAACAUUCAUACUCAUCUUAUAGGAACCAUGUCAUUGAUUUACUUGUUGUGCUUCCUUUGGCCUACUACUCCUCAUACGGAUCCAUUAAGUUCGAGUAUCGGGGACCGAUUAAUUUCGUUCAUCUUUUUGAUUUGUGCUAUUAAAUGUCUUGUUUGUUCUACUGCUUGGCAUCUGUUUGCUGGGUGUGGUACACUUGGUCCUUUCAGAAGAUUAGCAUGUGUAGAUUAUGUAGGAAUUUCCGGAUUGAUUGCUGCUUCAGUAGCUUCAAGCGAGUAUUAUGGAUUUUAUUGUAGACCAGGCUUAGCAAAUCUUUAUAUAACAUUUACAACCAUAAUGGGCAUCAUUGGAAUGAUUUUACCUUUCCAACCGUUUUUCGAUCGACCUGAAUCGAAAUAUAUUCGAAUCAUCUUUUUCGUUUCAAUGGCUUCUUCUGCCUUAAUUCCUCAAGCUCAUAUGGCAUACUUAUAUGGAUUACAAGAAACCGUUGAAUUUUAUAAACCUGCAAUGCCAUCUAUCUUUUCUUACUUAGCUGGACUUUUCUUUUAUGCAACUAAUUGGCCUGAAAGAAUUAAACCAGGUUGGGUGUUUGAUACUUUGUUUCAUUCACACCAGUUUUGGCAUGUGGCGAUUGUAGCGGCGAUUUGGUUACAUUGGAGAGCAAUUGGAGUGUUUCAUUCGAUUGGUCGAACUGGCUUUUCUUGUGCUGCUACUGAGCUUUGAGUUUAUAUUAAAGUUUGAUUUUUUUUGGUUCUACAUCUCAUCUUGUAUUUCUUUCUGCUUUUUUCUUUCGCUUGAAUUAUACUUUUUUUUUCUGAAAAAAACUUUACAACUUGAUGAAUUGUUUUUUUGUUUGACUUUUUGAUUUCUUAUUACUCAUUCUUUUACUCAUCAUGUAUCGUUUUUUUUUAUUUUCUUCGUUUGAUUCUAUUCAAUCUCAAUUUUUUACUUUUACAUUAUUCUUAUCAUUCAUCAUUGCUAACCUAUUAAAUCGCAAUUGAUUUUGUUCCUUUUGAACCUUUGACUUUUUCUUUCUCUCUCUAUUCUAUCUAUAUUAAGCAAUUAUUGUUUUUUGUUUGUUUGAUUGAUUGCAAUUCUAUAUCUAUAUAGAUGUCUUCGUAUUCUGUU